GCGGGGCGGGGGGUCGGGGGGAGGGGCUUCAAGAUGGCGGCGGGGAGGUAGGCAGAGCAAGACGCCGCUUCUGCCGCCGCCGCCGCCGCCUCCGCUCCUGUCGCCUCCGGCUCCUCACCCGUUCACGGACCGGGAGAAGCUAUCCUUUCGUUGGGUCCGGCGGGGAAAAUGGUGGAACCAGGGCAAGAUUUACUGCUUGCUGCCUUGAGCGAGAGUGGGAUUAGUCCGAAUGACCUCUUCGAUGUUGAUGGUGGAGAUGCUGGCCUUACCACGCCCACUCCCCCUGCAGUUCAACAGUCGGUGCCACUUAGUGCAUUAGAACUAGGUUUGGAGACAGAAGCAGCAGUUCCUGUUAAACAAGAACCAGAGACGAUGUCUACUCCUGCACUGUUAAAUGUGAGGCAGCAGCCUCCAUCCACUACAACGUUUGUGCUGAAUCAAAUAAAUCAACUUCCGACCUUGGGAUCUACAAUUGUAAUGACUAAAACACCACCUGCAACAACAAAUAGGCAAACCAUCACUUUGACAAAGUUCAUCCAGACUACUGCAAACACACGCCCUUCAGUUUCAGCACCAGCAGUACGAAAUGCCAUGCCCCCUGCUCCUUCAAAAGACCAGGUUCAGUUAAAGGAUUUACUCAAAAAUAAUAGUUUAAAUGAACUCAUGAAACUGAAGCCACCUGCCAAUAUUGCUCAGCCAGUUGCAACUGCAGCUACUGAUGUCAGUAAUGGUGCGGUUAAAAAAGAGUCUUCUAAUAAAGAAGUAGCAAGGAUAUGGAUAAAUGACAUGAAGAUGAGGAGUUUUUCUCCCACUAUGAAGGUUCCUGUUGUUAAAGAGGAAGAAGAGCCAGAAGAAGAAGAUGAGGAAGAAAUGGGUCAUGCAGAGACCUAUGCAGAGUAUAUGCCAAUAAAAUUAAAAAUUGGCCUGCGUCACCCUGAUGCAGUGGUGGAGACUAGCUCUCUGUCCAGUGUCACUCCUCCUGAUGUUUGGUACAAAACCUCCAUCUCUGAAGAAACCAUUGAUAACGGCUGGCUCUCCGCAUUACAGCUUGAGGCAGUUACCUAUGCAGCCCAGCAACAUGAAACAUUCCUCCCUAAUGGAGACCGUGCUGGCUUCUUAAUUGGCGAUGGCGCUGGUGUGGGUAAAGGCCGGACGAUAGCAGGGAUCAUAUAUGAAAACUAUUUGUUGAGUAGAAAAAGAGCAUUGUGGUUUAGUGUAUCAAAUGACUUAAAAUAUGAUGCUGAAAGAGAUUUAAGGGAUAUUGGAGCAAAAAACAUUUUGGUCCAUUCGUUAAAUAAGUUUAAAUAUGGAAAGAUUUCUUCUAAACACAAUGGGAGUGUGAAAAAAGGUGUUAUUUUUGCUACCUAUUCCUCGCUUAUUGGUGAAAGCCAGUCUGGUGGUAAAUACAAGACCAGGUUAAAACAGCUUCUGCACUGGUGUGGUGACGACUUCGAUGGAGUGAUAGUGUUUGAUGAAUGUCACAAAGCAAAAAACUUAUGUCCUGUUGGUUCUUCAAAGCCAACCAAGACAGGCUUGGCUGUUUUAGAGCUUCAGAACAAAUUGCCAAAAGCCAGAGUUGUGUAUGCCAGUGCCACUGGUGCUUCUGAACCACGCAACAUGGCCUAUAUGAACCGUCUUGGAAUAUGGGGCGAGGGAACUCCAUUCAGAGAAUUCAGUGAUUUUAUCCAAGCUGUGGAACGCAGAGGUGUUGGUGCCAUGGAAAUUGUUGCUAUGGAUAUGAAGCUUAGAGGAAUGUACAUUGCACGACAGCUGAGCUUUACUGGAGUGACCUUCAAAAUUGAGGAAGUUCUUCUUUCUCAAAGCUAUGUUAAAAUGUAUAACAAAGCAGUCAAGCUGUGGGUUAUUGCUAGAGAACGAUUUCAACAAGCUGCAGAUUUGAUUGAUGCUGAGCAGAGAAUGAAGAAAUCUAUGUGGGGUCAGUUCUGGUCUGCUCACCAGAGGUUUUUUAAGUACCUGUGUAUAGCCUCCAAAGUGAAAAGGGUGGUGCAGCUGGCCCGGGAGGAGAUCAAGAACGGCAAGUGUGUAGUAAUUGGUCUGCAGUCUACAGGAGAAGCCAGAACUUUAGAGGCCUUGGAAGAGGGUGGAGGAGAACUAAAUGAUUUUGUUUCAACUGCCAAAGGGGUAUUGCAGUCACUGAUUGAAAAACACUUCCCUGCUCCAGACAGGAAGAAACUCUAUAGUUUGCUGGGAAUCGAUUUGACAGCCCCAAGUAACAACAGUUCACCAAGAGAUAGUCCUUGUAAAGAAAAUAAAAUAAAGAAGCGGAAAGGUGAAGAAAUUACCCGCGAAGCCAAAAAAGCACGAAAAGUUGGUGGCCUUACUGGAAGCAGCUCUGACGACAGUGGAAGUGAGUCUGAUGUCUCUGAUAAUGAAGAAAGUGACUACGAGAGCUCUAAAAACAUGAGUUCUGGUGAUGAUGAUGAUUUCAAUCCCUUCAGAGAUGAGUCCAGUGAAGACAAUGAGGAUGAUCCAUGGUUAAUUAGGAAAGACCAUAAGAAAAGCAAAGAUAAAAAAAAGAAGAAAAGUAUCGAUCCAGAUUCCAUUCAAAGUGCCUUGUUAGCAUCAGGUCUCGGAUCAAAGCGGCCUAGUUUCUCCUCUGCACCAGUCAUCUCACCUGCUUCCAACAGUGCACCAGCCAACAGUAACAGCAACAGUAACAGCAGCCUUAUAACAAGUCAAGAUGCUGUUGAAAGGGCACAACAGAUGAAGAAAGACCUGCUUGAUAAACUAGAAAAAUUAGCUGAAGAUCUCCCUCCUAAUACCCUCGAUGAACUUAUUGAUGAACUUGGUGGUCCUGAAAAUGUGGCUGAGAUGACUGGCCGCAAGGGGCGGGUGGUGAGCAACGAUGAUGGAAGCAUAUCCUACGAGUCACGAUCUGAACUUGAUGUGCCUGUGGAGAUAUUGAACAUCACGGAGAAGCAGAGGUUCAUGGACGGAGACAAGAAUAUUGCUAUUAUCUCAGAAGCUGCCAGCUCAGGUAUUUCAUUACAAGCAGAUCGGAGAGCUAAAAAUCAAAGGCGAAGAGUUCACAUGACUUUAGAAUUACCCUGGAGUGCUGAUAGAGCAAUUCAGCAAUUUGGAAGAACACACAGGUCAAACCAAGUAACUGCUCCAGAGUAUGUCUUUUUGAUUUCGGAACUGGCUGGAGAACAGAGAUUUGCAUCUAUUGUUGCUAAGAGACUUGAGAGUUUGGGGGCACUAACACAUGGUGACAGAAGAGCAACAGAAUCUAGAGAUCUGAGCAGGUUCAACUUUGACAACAAGUAUGGAAGAAAUGCUUUAGAAAUUGUUAUGAAAUCCAUUGUAAACUUGGAUUCACCUAUGGUAUCACCACCUCCAGACUACCCUGGAGAGUUCUUUAAAGAUGUUCGGCAAGGACUGAUAGGAGUGGGCUUGAUUAAUGUAGAAGAUCGCUCAGGAAUUCUUACUCUUGAUAAAGACUAUAACAAUAUAGGAAAAUUCUUAAACAGAAUUUUGGGCAUGGAGGUGCAUCAGCAGAAUGCGUUGUUUCAGUAUUUUGCAGACACACUUACUGCAGUUGUUCAGAAUGCCAAGAAGAAUGGACGAUAUGACAUGGGGAUCCUGGAUCUGGGUUCUGGAGAUGAAAAGGUGAGGAAGAGUGAUGUCAAGAAGUUUCUAACUCCAGGAUAUUCAACCUCUGGUCAUGUAGAGUUAUACACAAUUAGUGUGGAGAGGGGAAUGUCCUGGGAGGAAGCAACCAAGAUUUGGGCAGAGCUGACUGGACCAGAUGAUGGCUUUUACUUAUCAUUGCAAAUAAGAAACAACAAAAAAACUGCAAUCUUAGUUAAAGAAGUAAACCCUAAGAAGAAAUUAUUUUUAAUUUAUCGACCAAACACUGGAAAGCAACUCAAAUUAGAAAUUUAUGCUGAUCUGAAAAAGAAAUAUAAGAAGGUAGUCUCUGAUGACGCCCUGGUACACUGGCUGGAUCAGUAUAACUCCUCUGCAGACACCUGUACUCACGCAUACUGGCGUGGCAAUUGCAAAAAAGCAAGCUUAGGAUUGGUAUGUGAGAUUGGUCUUCGUUGCCGCACAUAUUAUGUGCUCUGUGGCUCAGUACUGAGUGUCUGGACAAAAGUGGAGGGUGUGCUGGCCUCUGUGAGUGGCACCAACGUGAAAAUGCAGAUAGUGCGGCUAAGGACUGAAGAUGGGCAGCGGAUUGUAGGUUUGAUCAUUCCAGCAAAUUGUGUGUCUCCUCUUGUAAAUCUCCUGUCAACUUCAGACCAGUCUCAGCAGCUCGCAGUCCAACAAAAACAGCUGUGGCAGCAGCAUCACCCACAGAGCAUCACCAACUUGAGCAACAUGUAAAGAGCAGCGGCGCACGCGGUGCUGAGUGCUGCGAGAGCAUACCACUUGCAUAAAAAUCAGGGACAGUUUCCAAAGAAUCCUUUUUUAUUUUAACUUCAGUUGUGCUCUCUAGUUAUCUUGGGGGGCGGGGUUAAGGACAAACCUGGAAAUAGGCAGCAAAGCUGACAGCAAACGGAGCAGGGGGACACAUGUCUUUCCUCCUGCUUCCUUGGCGCUGCCUGUGCGCUUUUACUUUGGGUGAGCAGAGCGGAUGUGUGUGUAUGUGUGCGCGCGUAUGUGUCUGUCUGAGAGUUUGUUAAUGCUACAAGGCCACAGUUGGUUGAAAAGGCUUGGAACUUCCCAAACUGGCUUUACUUUUCCUUUCUACAGUGCUCAGGGUUAACACAGCACAUCCUUGUCUUUACUGUGGGAGUCCCGGAUGCAUGUGUUUCAAGUCUCUAGAUAUUGAAUAUAUAUAUUGGUUUCUUUUCCAACUUAAACAUUGUUUCCUACAGCAUGAAGUGAAGGGCUGCGUGCCAUGCAUUCAGGUUCAUUUGUAGCUUUUGUUGAUGGUGCAUGUCUUUGAAAGCAUGUGUAAUCAAGAUUACCACAGAAGUCACAUAUGGAGAGAAACAUUGGAGAUGUACAGCAUUGGGUACUGCAUUUCUAGUGUUGAUACCUGGGUAUUGCUUCUAACUCUCAGCCCAACCUGCUCCUCCCUGUCCCAAGUUUCUUGUUAAAGUAGUAAGUACAUACUUUUUUGUGAGAAAACUCUUUAAAAGUUCAUUUUAAUAUGUUAAUAGUAUUCCUAAUUUGUGCUGCAAAAAUGGCUAUGAGCCUUACCAUAUAAGUUACAGUUAACUUAAGCAUAGUUUUAGGAAGAAGUAUGAUUGGCUUCUGUCUUGCACACAAUCUUUUUUACUUCAUUAUCUGAAUCUUCUUUGUCAUUCAAACCGAAACCGUACUUGAGUUGUAAACUAGACAGUGAGAAAACACUUGGCUUCUGCUGUAUGUGUUGUCGUCGUUACCCAGUAACUUGAAUGUUGUUUAAUGUGCUGUAAGACAUUGUAGAGAUUAUCUCCAGCUGUUUAAAAUGGUAAUGUACAAAUGUGAAUAGACACUUAUCUAUAACAUGGGUAAGUUUUGUUUCGCCUAUAAUAGAUGUUUAUAAAAUAAUUCAGUGAGGAGACAAUUGGUCUUUUUGGUUUUUAUCUCCCAACCUCCCCUUUCCCCAUUUUUUCUAUCUUUUGUUGUUGUUUUGUUUUGUUUUUUUGCUUGCACAGGUUGCACUAUUAAAAAAUUGAGAUUGUAUAAAUCUGGUUUAAAACUACAAGAUAACAAAAUCUUGUAGAUGUUGAAUAAAAAAAGUUAUUAUACUAACGAAGUGGACUCUUGCUUAGGCCCUCCCCGGGGACUCCAGGCAUAGGGUAGCAGGCUCUGUAGACCUUGGCGUUGCCUUAGCCUUCCUUCCAGGUGGCCUUAGAGUCUGACUGAGCCCAGCCCUUCCUGAAGUCUGAGGUGAUCUUAGGGAUUGGGUAAAUGAUGGUACUUUUGAAUGUUUUUCAAGUUGAAUUGUUUUCUUUGUAGCUUUUUAAUCUUCUCAAAGAGUUGGGUGAGGUGUGUUUAGUGACAGAGACCUGAUGGAGCGCUUGGGGCUCUCAUUCUCUCUAGUUUCUAGGAUUAAGUUUACCGUAAUACUGCAUUGGAUUUAUUUAUUCUUAGUGCCUCAAAGAACAAAUGGUGAAUGGUUUCUGUUCUAGGGCACAUUUUGCCCAGUGGAUGCAACUUUUCUCCUCAUUCCAUGUAUCUCAGGCAGUGAUGUCAUGAACAUCAAGCAGUGCCCCUUUGUGGCCUACAUCCAGGUGGCGGCCGGAGACUCAAGCUGGGUCCUCCUUUACAUAGAUUCCGGGCUUUUGUGUGUGAAGUAGCAGACCAUUGAGCUUCCUUUGGCAUGUUAAAGUAGAAGCUGGGGGAGAGCUGUGGAACUUAACUUUCUCCAGGAGACCAAGUCACAGAGGAUGAGAAAUGAGAAAGAUUCUGUGUGCUGAGGUGCCAUCCCCUCGUUCUGUGUGUGGAUAUCUGGUAUGCAGAUUCUGGUGUAUCUGGAGCUCUCAGAGCAGCAUCUGCAGGGCUUCUCUAGUCUGUGCUUGAUGACCUGUGACACUUGCUCCUGGAGCAGGCGAGUAUCUGUGUGUCUUAGUCAUCAAAAAUGUUUCUUUGCAUUUUUGUUGUUUAGUAAGGAAAAGUCCACAGAUACUAGGCAUCUGAAAGCCCUUUCAAAGCAGACUUCAAAAGGCAAGUAGUGUGGCAGAACAAACAGAAGCUGGUUAGCCUUCAUCCACUGUGGUGUGCGUGUGUGUGUGUGUGUGUGUGUGUGUGUGUGUGUCACCUGGGAUUGGUACCCAAGCUCUCUGUACUCUGCCCCUACAAAAGUCUCAAGGCAAGCUUCAGCAUUCAAGAGUUUCUUGUGUCCAAAUCCAAGUCUUUUCAGCUACUGUCAUGGUAAAGUCUCCUGUGGGGUCUGAAUGCCACAGGCGCACCCAAGGCCUCACUUAACUCUGUCCAGCAUAAGGCCGCCAGCCUCUGAGAUGCCUUCUCCCACUUGAGCAAUGCAGCUCUGAGCAGCAGACCGAGUGUCGGUCCCAUCAGUGUUUUCAGAGUUUACAGUAGUUUGUGCUGAAAAUCACUCCUAGGUCCCAUGCUGCUCAGGUGUGCUUGCUGGGGAGAAUAUGUUCCCCCCCUGGCAAUCUCUGCUGCAGCUUACCCUCUCUUGUUCCAGUCAGAUAGCUGUUGGUGGUGCAGUCAGAAAAGCAGUGAAAGUAUUACUGUAAAUGCAAGUUGGUGAGAAGGCUAGGCAGGCUAGGCGGUUUUCUCUCUUUACUACUAAACUGCAGGUCAGCUUUCAGUGUCUUCUUUUUUCCUGUUUGUAUAGACUAGCCAGAACUCGUAUCCAAAGCCCUGUAGACUCUGUAGGUAUGUACAUACGUGUAUUUAUUCUUACUCAGCACUUAAGAAACUUUUUGAGUUGCAACAAUAAAUCUUGUAAUUUGCUGUCUGUGUAGAGAGAAGUUCUAAACUACCAAACUACUCCAGAAUUAAGCAUUUUAGAACCACAAUUUUGGCAGUAGCCUUUUUAUUUGCUGGUUUCUGUGAUGUCAUUAGAACAACUUCUGAGAAAGCAGAGAAGGGGUAGGAGGAGCCACCAUUUACAUUUUUGUCACAGGAGGGAACCUCAUCCUGUCUGUCCUCUUCCCAUAUUAGCACUAGGGCCACUGUGACUCUGCUUUUGAAAGCAGAUGGAGAGGUUCUUAUCCUGUGAGACCUUACCCAAGGAUCCUGGUCUUAAAGAAGGACCCUUGUGGGCUCUUGCACUUCCUAGGAAUAGAGUUUCAGAAAAGCUGCUAUUAAACCAGGAUCCACACGUUGAAUGUUUAGUUAGUUGGGGCAUCCCUAUGGCAGAAGAAACUGCUGUGCUGGUUUGUUUGAGUCUGUCCUGUGGAUAUGGGCUCUGGUGAACAACACAUACACAACACAGGUGGUACUUUGGCCUUCUAGUGCUGAAAUGAAUCAAGCAUUCCAGGUCAUGGCUAUGGCUGAGGAGACAGGAAAUAUUUGCAAGAAUCCCUCACAAGGCUAGCUUCUAAAUCCAAUGAGUCCUAUAAGGGAAAGAAGCGGGGAGAUGCAAGCGGAUGGCAGUCUCCUCUGAGAGCCCGUCCUCUCUUCUAUGCUGUCCUUAUAUAUGUACAUAAUGAGUGUAUAGACAUGUGUGAGUUCUUCUACAUUGCGAGUGUAAAUCUUGUAAAUCAGGACCCUGUUCACUUGGCUUUUUGCUCCUCCUCUUCCUUUCCCUCCUAUUUAUUCUUUUCAGACUCCCAUCUGGGGCAUCUUAGUACUUUUUUUUUUUUCUUAACUUAGGAAACUGUGGAAAACUUGUUAGCUGAGUUAAUAGUUUUGUGUUUAAGAGUCCGUAGAUGCCUCACAGCUGUGGGGGGCUUGUUGCCUACAUCUCCAGCACACACUGCUGUGCUGUCUUGGGAUGCAUCUGAGCACCAUCCCUGAUCCUGUCACCAGGUGACUGCUUAUGCUCAUUUUUGUUCUCUGGAAGCUAUAGUGAGCCUGAUGCUUUGAUAUUUGAAAAAAGAAAGAAAGAAAACUCCUCCCUAAACUUCCCGUUAGCUCCUCUAGCGUCUUCAGCCAGCCAGAUGCAGCUCCUCAGAAGCCUGGUUCAUUUUUGCUUUCAGUUGAGGCCUGUUCCAGUCCCUUUGCUCCUGCUGUUUGCCUGAUGAGAAAACCUUGCAGUAGCUCAUAGCCUGGCUGCACGCUACAGUGUGUAUAAGAAAUUGGAUUUCUUUGACCCCCCCACAGAUGACAACCAGAGAUUUACUUUAUAACAAACAUCAGUAAUCUGUUUUUUAGACUGUUGGUCAAAAAUAUUUAUUGGAUGACAGGAGAUGAGCUGUACAUGACAGGAGACCUUAGAGAACAGUUGUCAUCCUUACAGUUGUCAUCCAAAGGAUGACAAGAGUCCUACUGUGGAAGCUACCAUGUGCACACAAGGCAGGCUCAGCGUUGGGGGCUCAUCUCUGGCUUGAUGAGUUAUAAGCAGAGAUGCCGAGCUCUGGGGAAUUGAUGUUGGUGCUGAAGGCCCAGUAGGGCAGUGGAGAUGGUGCCUACCCUCACCCAGGACACAGGAGUGGGAUUUAUUCACAGGCAAUUACAUACUCAAAAAAAAAAAAAAGUCCCCUGUAAUUCUCAGGAAAGAUUUCAAUGAAUAAUCAGCUUGGUAGACUUGAUGACAUGUUGAAAAUUGUCUGCAUUUGGUUGUCUCUAGAAGUUAGUUGUCAAGAAUGAGGGUCUGUCACAGAUUGAUUGCUCCAGCAGAAACUCCCUCCUCACCCCAGCUCCUUCCUUCUGGUCCCUGAGAUACAGUUGACCUGUGGUCUGUCUGCAACAGCAACCAACCCUCUAUAGGGUUGUGGCAGAGCACAGUUAGGCCAGGAAACCUAAGCAAACAGUUAACUAUGAUGUACACCCAUUUAGUGCAGAGCAAGAGGAGAUGGGAUGGAGGCUGCUUUUUGCACUGGAGGCUUCCUCGGGGCUGAGUCAGCAUGCCAGUCUCCUGGGGAGAGGUAGCAUGGCCUUUCUGAUCCUGACCCUCUCACCCACACCCUGCUCAGGCGUCUUGUAGGAGCUUGCUGCUGUUGUAAUGACUGUGGCACUGAAGAGGGUAAAGAAGCCUGAGCCAUGCCUGGCUCUACUGUAUGGGACCGAGGGGCCUUUCUCUUUUCUUUUGUAACAUAGCACAGUACAGCCUCACCACUAAACUAGUCACCCUGUUCAUAGUUUUUACUGAAUUUGCAAACUGCUCUUACUUCAUAUCACCAUUUUUAUCAACUGUGAGGGGGGGAAGAGGUGCACCGUGUCUCUGCAAUAAACUUGUGCCAGGUUCUACCUCCUUGUGCAAAGGGUAUUUUAUACGCGGGCGCUGGGCUUCCUUCUUGAUCUGACAUGGUGCAUCUGGAGACAUCUGAAGGAGUCCAAAGACCUUUUGAAACAAAGUCAAUGUAAACUUUUGGGUGGCUUCUGUUUCCUUAAGUUCUCUUUUGUACUGCUGUGCUGCAUAGGACUGUCCACCUGAGUGAAGAGUGCACGCUGUUCCCAUGAUGCCACGUUGCCACCUUCAGCCUCUCCUGGGAACCUGCUCCCAAGUGUCCAGAACUCAGUGCUGCCAUUAUUUUGAUAUGUAACUUUCAAAAUCAGUCUCAUGCAAUACAAGUGUGUCCGCUUCACUGAGCAGGGUUCAUUUGCCCUCAAGUAGAAAUGCCUGAUCCUCACCACGGAAAGUACUUUGUAUUUAGUUUUUGUUGUGGUUUUGUUUUUUUAUUUUUGUUUGGAUUUUGUUUCUGUUUUUGUAAAAUUCUUAAAUAAAGUUAAACAAAUACA